AUGGGAAACACACACAAAUCGCGGGCCGAUUCGAAGGUCGAAAGCGAAGCGACCACCGAAAGUGCGAAGGAGAUUGUGCCAGAAAAAUCUCCUAAAAAUGAAAUCUCACGACUCACGAUGGCGAACGCGGAACACGGUGGAGAUCAGGCCGAUCGGGGCAUGCGGAAGGAAUACUUCAGCGGUAGUGGCGGUGCGGGCAAGUUUUUGCCCCCGGUAUUCAAGCUGCUCGAGUUGGCCGUCGCAAUCGUGUGCAUCGGGCUGAUCGAUGAUCCGGCCCACAACUCGCGGCUUCGCGUGUUCAUCUCGACGCGCACGGUCGCCCUGGCGUACGCCACCUUCGCCACGUUUCUCGUAUUCUCCGUGAUCUAUCUAUUCGGAAAGGUUAUCCGGGACGACUUCCCUUGGAAACUGAGCUCGCUGCUUAACCUGACCGGUUUCAUCCUGUACCUGGCUACCGCAGCUUGCAUUUUGACCGACUGGUCCGAGACGAAGAACCGCAAUUAUUGGCCACCGAAUACGCAAAGGAUGGACUUCCUUUGCGGAGCCGGAUCGGUGUCGGUCGUCGGGGCGCUGUUCUAUUUGCUCGAUCUGGUCGUUACCGUGCGCCUCGGAAUGAAGGGUGAACUCGAGUGAUCGUCAUCCGGACCAGCAAACUUCGAACCUAUUACUAGCAACUAAACAUCAUCAUCGCAAUAUUCUUCCUUCCUCACAUUUUAGAUAAGAGACGAUAAAGCGUAAGGCGUUAUUUUUACCAUUAUAAACAUUUUCACAAAACCUGUAAAUAUCGAGAAAUGAGCUACGCAAGCCAAACUAUCGUGUAUGUCGCAACGCAAGUGCAGGUAUAAUUAGAAGAAAUGCUGAUACCUCAACCGAUCAGUUGGCCCAGUGACAACGUCGUUUACCGGAGAGUGUCUUAAUAUUUUACCAUUCAGAACUUGGCAAAUUUUCCAUCACCUUUUAUCUACGUCCAGAUAUUUUUACCCAUCGAAUCUCUUAUAGCUUAAAUUCAAACGCACUUUUAGCUAGUAAAACAACAGCGCCCCUAAAUUAAAUCGACGACAGUUUAUCAAAUUUCGAAUGGAUGCCUUUUAGCCCACCACGUGGGUAUACUUUGCGUCGGAUGGUAUUUUAGAUGAGUGAAGAACUAAUCUACCAAAUAUUAGCACAUAAGAGAGUGAAUUAACUGGAGCGUUUUUUUUUUAUUUAUAACACCUACCACCGCAGUAGAUUGGUAAGGUUUUACGUUCUGUUAACGAUAGGAAAAGUUCCUGCACUUUUGGCAGAAAUUCUCAAACGAAAGGUAUACCUCCAGUUGACGACAUGGACGACAAAGUGCAGGAAAGGUUGCGAGUGUGUUUCUCUUCAAAAGCCAUAAUUUAAAUUACACAUUUAGUAUAAUUUUAAAUCAAAGGAGAAGAUAAUUUUUUACCCUCCCUAUUUUGAGUUUUAAUCGACGGAAUUUCAUUUUUUCCCUUAAGAAUAUAGUUUUCUACAAUGUCGUUCUUGUUUGCCGGUUAACACUAAGCGUGUUAACCAUGUUAAAUCAACUACAUGACACUUUGUUACCUAAGACGACAGGUUAAUGGCAUUUUACAAUUUUAAAAAUUUUUAAAAUAUAGUAUUCAUCUACAAUAAACAGUGUUAGACAGGGGCCAUAGAUGACCGAGGCAUAUGGUUAUGUUUUUUUU